AUGGGAAAGAAAGGGAGUUGGUUUUCAGCAAUCAAGAGGGUUUUCACACACCACUCCAAGGGCAAGCAGGAUUCAGAUAACAAAAGUUCAAAAGAGAAGAAGAAAGGUCGGGGUAAACUAAAACAUGGAGAGACCAAUUCUUUCAUCCCGCUCUUCAGAGAGCCCAGCAGCAUUGAGAAAAUAUUUGGUGACUUUGAAAGAGAGCAACAAGUGCUUGCAAUUAGGCCUCCCACACCUCCUGCGCGACCCAAAACACCGCCUUUUGUUCCUCCUAGAGUUGCUUCUCCUAGGCCUCCUUCUCCAAAGCCCCCUUCUCCGAAGGCUCCUUCUCCACGAGUCACCUCUCCCAAAGCAGCAUCUUCUCGGAAUGUUCAUCACAACAGACCCGAGCCAACUUUACGGAACCAGCAUGCGUCGGCUACUAAGAUUCAGGCUCUUUACAGAGGUUAUACGGCGAGGAGGAGUUUUAGAGCUCUUAAGGGUUUGGUAAGGCUUCAAGGAGUGGUAAGAGGACAGAAUGUGAAGAGGCAGACAGUUAGUGCCAUGAAACACAUGCAGCUGUUGGUGCGAGUUCAAUCCCAGAUUCAAUCUAGAAGAAUCCAGAUGCUGGAAAACCAGGCACGAUAUAACGCUGAGUUCAAGAACGAUAAGGACGCUGCAAGUACCUUUGGAAAACUAACUUUAGGACAUGGUUCUGAGGCAGGUAACAGCGAAGAUUGGGAUGAUAGCUUACUGACAAAAGAGGAAGUAGAUGCAAGGCUGCAAAGGAAAGUGGAAGCAAUCAUCAAAAGAGAGAGAACAAUGGCAUUUGCAUAUUCUCAUCAGUUGUGGAAGGCCACGCCAAAAUCAACUCAAACACCGGUGACAGACAUGCGAUCAAGUGGAUUCCCAUGGUGGUGGAACUGGUUGGAAAGACAGCUACCUGCAACAUCAAACCCACAAGAAAAACAAGUCCUAAAAAAUUUUCAACUAACUUCGCCGAGACCAUAUUCAGAACAAAAGACAAGUCCAAGACCUGGCUCAAGCACUCAAAGGCAACAUCAUCAUCCUUUUGCCUUUGAUAACAUGGAUACAUCCACUCCAAAAUCGACAAAAUCAACGAUAUUUCCAUCUUCAAAACCAUCUAGAACUCCUCCAUUUAGAACUCCACAAGGAAACAGUUCAAGCAUGAUGUCAAAAUAUUCAAGGUCAAAAGCAGUAGGGUCCAGUUCACCUUUCGACGUGCCAAUGAAAGACGACGACAGUCUCACAAGCUGUCCACCGUUUUCGGUUCCAAACUACAUGGCUUCAACGGCUUCUGCUAAGGCGAAAGUACGCGCUAGUAGUAAUCCAAGAGAAAGAUUCGGCGGUGGUAGUAGCGGUUGUGUAACUCCAACUCCAAGCAAUGAUUCAAAAAGAAGAGUCUCAUUUCCUUUAUCACAAGGAAUAGGAUCAUUCAAAUGGAACAAAGGGUCAGUGUUCUCUAGCAAUAAGGAUCCUCAUGGUUCACACAGGACACCAGAUAAAUAUCAGGAAUCUAUAGGAAAUGUGAGUGUGGAUUCGACGGUAUCAUUGCCUGCAAGGGUCGGAAGAAAGCCUUUUACAAGAUUUGUGUGA